UAUCCUGUACUCUGCUGCCGAGAACACCCAUUCGAGUACUGUGUAGUUGUGUUGUGUUCCCUGCUAGUUUCUGUGGUCAGCGUGUGUUUCACUGUGUGUAUGUAGCUUCUUCCAUCCAUUGACGAUGAUACAAGGGGAACAAAAAGGACCAAGAUGGGGACGACAAUGCUGUACCAGAUGGGAUCAUCCUCAUCAGAGGCAAUUAGCCUGGGACUGCCCAGACGCUUCUCGUCGCUUCCUGGCUCUUGAGGCAACCCGCGUCUGGGUUUAAAGGGGGGAAAAAGGAGCAGUCUGGCUUGGCUGGGUAACUCUAGAGAAUUAACUUGUGCUAGCCAGACCGUCACAUAUCGCCUUGUUGUCCCGUAUCAGGCUUCCUUUGUAUGUACGCAGUACUGCAUGUUGCUGGCCGAGAAGUCCAGUCCCCCGCGUCAGGCUGUCUUCCUCACCCUUAUCCCCAUCCACCCCUAUACAAUCCCGCAUCCCCCACUGGCUCUCCAUCAGUGCCCAGCCGAGCUACUCGUCCAUACCCGAGAUGUCCCCGCCCUGACAAGACUCCCAGUAGGAUAUAGCAAGGUAUAGUAGUGACUGUAACAAUCGUCAGCCAGGCAAACGGUCAGGCCAAAAGUCAAACAAAACGCGCGAAUUACCCGGUCCCUGCCGCGCGGAGACAAACGGACUCCAUCCAUCCACUCCAAUCCCCAAAGCCCGGACGAGAGGCUGUGCGGCGGAUAUCAUUUCCUGGCUUCAAAUGGGUAAGCAACAUUCACGAUUCGAUUUGUUGAUUCUCUCCAUCUAAGAACCUAUCCAUCUGCGCUUUAACCCGCUUUAACAAUACUUAAUUAAUUUUGCUCCUUUUGUUCUGGUUUUGGGCUUUUGGUUUCUGCCCUAACUAACCAGAUAACUUUAUUACGUGCCUCGUCUCCCAUCCGCCCAUCUUCCAUCCUAUCCCAACUCCUUCGCAUUUCUCAUUCGUGUCCAUUCAAUUACAUUUCCAUUUCUACACUUCUUCUUCUUCUUCUUCUUCUUUCUCCCCCUAGCGCAUUGUCAUCCUUCCAUACAGUCUAUCUUUUCCCUCUUUCCUUUUUCCCUGCGUACUGGUGGUUAGGGUUCUGGCAAACUCGCAUCCACCGCGCGCAUAUCUAUCUCUGUUCACUGCCACAUCCCCACUCCGACCCAAAGGUGUGGCUUGCUCUUCUGUCUACCGCACCAACUACGGAGUACGGAUUACUGCUAAAGCGACUUCGCCUUCUAUGAUCAUAAUCCCUUAAGCGAAAGUUCAAGCUAACCUGACCGCUUUCCGCCCUGUGGCUGGGGACUUCGUCUCCGUUCCCGUCGCGUGCGAAUUUUCCCCGCUACAAUUUUAAUAGCUGCCACUCGCAUCCCUCACGAAUUCCACCGUCAUUCCCUUACCCAUUCCCGCUCCAAUACCGCCUCCUCAAUGCCACGCUUCGACGACCCCCAAGGCCCGGACGGCAAUGGCUAUCCCACGGAGCGCACUGGCUUGCUAGGUCGUGUCCGUUCCCGUUCCCGCUCCCAAUCCGGCCGCCUGUCUCGACUGCUGUGGUCGCAUCGCCAUCGCCGCUGGGUUCACUACCCGUCAGAAGCCGCGCGUUUGACCUAUACGACACUCGCGAGCAAUUAUGUUAAUCUCCUGCUAGUCUUUGUCCCCCUGGGCAUGGCCUCCAGUAAAGCAGGCUGGUCCCCAACUACCACAUUUGUCCUUAACUUCCUCGCGAUCAUCCCGCUGGCGUCGCUGCUGAGCUUUGCGACGGAGGAACUGGCUGCGACUAUGGGAGAGACUUUGGGUGGAUUGAUGAAUGCUACAUUUGGAAAUGCCGUCGAACUUAUUGUCAGUAUAGUUGCCUUGAAGGAUAACGAGAUCCGCGUGGUCCAAGCCAGCAUGCUGGGUAGCAUUCUCUCCAAUAUCCUACUGGUGCUGGGCUGCUGCUUCUUGAUAGGAGGCCUGCGCCACCAUGAGCAGACCUUCAACUCAACCGUAGCGUCCACCAUGUCGUCCCUGAUGGCUGUGGCAUCUGCAUCGCUGAUCAUCCCAGCUACUCUCUAUGCUGCGCUUGCCAACUCGAAAGCGGAUACCCACGGCAACAUCCUGAUCCUCUCUCACGGCACCGCCAUCAUCCUACUAGUCCUCUAUGUCAUGUACCUCUACUUCCAGCUGUGCUCGCACACAGACCUCUUUGAAGGUGGUAGUGCGGAAAAUGCCAACAACGGCAGCGUGGUGCGGAACGGUGACGGAGGGGAAGACGCAGUUGAUGAGGAAGAAGAGGAGCGCAUCUUAAACCCCUGGGCCGCAGGCAUCGUGCUACUCAUCGUCACGAUCGCCGUCUCCAUCUGCGCCGAGUUCCUAGUCGGCAGCAUCGACAGCAUCGUCGAGGCGACGCACAUCAGCAAGACGUUUAUCGGUCUCAUCCUGAUCCCCAUCGUGGGCAAUGCGGCCGAGCACGUCACGGCCAUCGUGGUCGCAUAUAAGAAUAAAAUGGACCUGGCCAUUGGUGUCGCCAUUGGCAGCAGUUUGCAGAUUGCGCUGUUUGUUACUCCCUUCCUGGUAAUUCUUGGAUGGAUUAUGGGGAGAGAUAUGACGCUCCACUUCCACUCGUUUGAGACUGUCACUUUCUUCUUGUCGCAGCUUGUUGUGACGUUGCUUAUUCAAGAUGGGAAGUCGAAUUACCUUGAGGGAGGGCUUUGCCUUGGGAUGUAUCUCAUCAUCGCCCUCGCUUUUUACGUCUACCCCGACGAUGCGCAAGAUAUCGGUGGCAUCUUCUCCAGCAUCGCUAACCUGGCUACUGGAUCCACCUCCUAAAUCUACCAUUUGACUGUUUUAUUCACUCGGCUUAACAAUCAUUUUUCUUCCCAUUUUCAUUUUCUUCCUUCUUUUGUUUUCUCCUCCCCCACCACUAUGUCUUGGCUCCCACUCUCUUCCUCGCACUCCAACAACCCAACCCAACCACCCUCUCAAACCCAACUGACAACGACGCUUUCGAUAUUUCUCCAUUCCGGUCCUCAUUGCAUAUACAUUUUCACGGCUCACUGCACCCCACCCCAAACCCAUCUUCUUUGUCUUCAAUAAGUUUCUGUGAUUUUUUUGUUCUCUUUUUUCUUUUUGUGCGGGCUGUAUCACAAAAAGAAGAAAUAUUUUCAAAGGUUAUUUCAAUAUCAGUUGGGGAUUCUGGACUGUUUCUUUGUCUCUUAUCCAAUACGUCUCUAAUUAUCUGCUCACCUACAUCCUUUCUGGCUAGUGUCCUUGAAAAUCCCCCACCAUCCGGGCUGAAGAACGGUUCCGAUAUUUCCAUAUCUCAUCUCUCAUCUUGUGUCUUAUUCGAUUUACUUUUCCUUGAUCGCGUGGCCGAUCUUUUUCUUAUACUAACGGUGACAGCAACAGCAACAACCGACAGGAACAAUAUCGGCUUUUCCCCCCUUUCUUAUGUAAAACUGAACAAACCCACCCCCGCCAGCCAUUCCAUUUUCGUUGCACAUGUUUACAUUUUUAACUUUUUUUUAAUUAAUGGCGAGUGCUGAGCAUGCGAUCCAUUUGUAUUUAUUUUAUUGAUUUCCUUAAGAAGGCUCUGCUAGGCCCAUGUACGUACAAGACCAAAUGCUUUCCACGAUGGCUUCAGUCGGCUGUCUCGUUUUGCUGUGUUUCAUCUGUUUUCCUUUUGGGGCUCAUAUUCGGAUCUUCUUCUAUACGUGCUUUUUCCCCCAUAUAUUCGGUUUUCUUUUCUUCUGGCUGAGUUGGGAAGAAUGUAUGCGAUUCGUCUAUAUGACCUGAGUAGAGUAGGGCCAUGAUUCUUGUUCCUUCUACCCGUUGUUGUCUCCUUCUCGCUUUUUUCAGCUAGAGAACUAAAAGGAGAGAAUCAAAUUGACAAAUGUACCUGGGUAUUUACAUACCACCACUAUAUAUAUCAUGUCUGUUGGCUGCAUCCAAUCGAUCAUUUCCCCUCUUUCCUAUCUCGGCUCCCAUCGCUCAAUCAUUCAGUCAUGUGACAUUUAGGUUCCGGUCUUGGCGCCUAUUCCUAAUCAGACAAAGUAUCAAACCUUACCCGGCUCCAA